AAAUGUGAAGAAAACUAUCUGCACAUUUAAUUUUGGGGGAAAAAAACAGCCUCUCUAGUCUCUAGUCCACAGGAAUUGCCGCUACAUAAACCCAUAAGCGGCUUUGCAUUGGCCAACGCAAGAAAAAAAAAAGAGCUCAAGCAAUGGCAGCGAGGCUUGUCUUCUCCCUCCUCCUCACCGUGGCGUGCUCCCACGCGGCGCUCGCCGCCGCCGCCUCCUCCUCCGCCGUGGAGGACACCUGCGCGAAGGCGACGGCGAGCGGCAGCCGCAAGGACCUUGCCCCGUUCUGCGUGUCGACCCUGCAGGCCGCGCCGGGGAGCGCCGGCGCCGACGCGCGCGGCCUCGCCGUGAUUGCCACCAACCUGACGCUGGCCAACUACACGGCCGCGUACGCCACCAUCAAGGCGCUGCAGCGGCGCGGCGGCUGGUCGGAGCGCGAGCGGGCCGCGCUCGCCACGUGCCGGCAGCUGUACAUCGAGGCGCUCAACGUCGUGCACAGCGCCAUCCACGCGCUGAACACCGGGCAGACGCAGGCGUACGUCGCGGACAUGGGCGUCGUCCGGCGCGCCGCCACCGGCUGCGAGGACGCGUUCGGCUUCGGCGGCGGCGGCGGCGGCGGCGGCGUAGGCAACCAGCUGGCCACGGAGUCGCCGCUGCACAAGGUGGACGACGACGCCAUCAACCUGACCACCGUCGCCACGCUGAUCGUCCUCAUCCUGUAACCGAAUUCGCUGCAAAUUCCUUGGAUCUUGGUUGAGUGUGUCAUUGUUCAGACUCAAGAAACGAAUAAAAGUUCAUCAAAAUUCAGCGUGU